UUUAACUAAAUAAAUUUAAAUGUAAAUUGAGUUCGUAAAAAUCAAAAACUUAGAAAGAAUGAAGUAUUUAAAAGCGCUUUGCAGAAAAAUUCCUCAAUCCAUUAUUGACUUUGGUCUGCGUCAAAGAAAACCGAGUGUUCCUUUUAAUUAUGAACUUGCAGUUAAGCAGCAUGAACAGUAUAUAAAUGCAUUACGAAACGCUGGAAUAAAAGAUGUAACUGUUCUUGAAAGUGAUGAAGUUUUGCCAGAUUGUGUGUUUGUUGAAGAUUUAGCGAUUGUGAUUGGUCAAACAGCUUUGAUUACGCAUCCAGGAGCGCAUUCAACGAAGCUGGAAACAAAUGAAGUUUUAAAACAUUUUGUAAGUGAUGAUUUAAUUGAAACAGUUCAUAUAAUGAAAGCGUCAGCGUGUUGCGAUGGUGGAGAUGUUUUGUUUACAGGUAAAGAGAUAUUUGUUGGUAUCUCAGAAAGAACAAAUUUGGAAGGGAUGGAUACAAUUAAAAAAACUUUUUCAAACUUUCCUGUUCAUGCUCUAAAUAUUGGAUCAGAAAAGGUUCAUUUGAAAAGUUUUUCAAGUAUGGUGGGCGAAAACGGUAUUGUUUUUGGAAAAAGUGAAAUUUCUCAACGUGUCAAAAAAGAACUUAUUAGUAAAGCUACCGAAAAAUAUGAUAUCUAUGAUGUUCCUGAAGAUUAUGCAGCGAAUGCAAUAUAUGCUAAUGAAGUAUUAAUACACCGUUCAGCUGAUGAGUUUCCAGAAAGCGUUGAACUCUUCAAUAAAUUGCCUAUUAAAAAUAAGAUAUCACUAAACUGUUCUGAACUAAUGAAAAUUGAUGGCGCUCUCACAUGCUGUUCAAUUUUAUACUAAGCAGAACAAAGUUUUGCUUGUUUUAAAUAGUUUUCAUAUUUU